AUUCUAAUAACAGCAUUGCACGUUAAAUACUACAAAAUAAAAAUAAUGCUACGUAUGAUUGGCACGCACAGAUUGACAGCUUUAAAAAAGUUAAAGCAUGCCAAUUCGGCAAAUGAAAAUUAUAUCUUAUUUACGUGUUCUAAGAUAUUAAGGUGUUAAAAAGAUAUUAAACAAUGGAUAAAUUUCAAAAUAAAGACAUUAUUCAAGCGGUUUUAAUUGCUGAUAAUAAUAUUGAAAAUUUUAAUCCAUUUUCUAAGCAAAAAUCUACUGCUCUUAUCCCUUUAGUAAAUGUUCCAAUUUUGGAUUAUGCUUUGGAAUCUCUUAACAGGAGUGAAAUUGAGGAGGUCUUCAUAAUAAGUAGUUUUUUUAUUAAUGACAUCAGAGAGUAUAUAAAAAAGCGAAUAGAAGAAUGUUGCACUUGGUCAAUUAAUAUGAAUGUGCAAGUGAUAGGUACGGAAGGUUGCAGAUGUUUGGGUGACGCCAUUCGAGAUUUAGAUUCCAAAGGAUUUAUUCGAGGACAUUUUGUCUUGCUCGGUGCUAAUUCAAUAACUAAUGCAAAUUUAAAAGCUUUACUAGAGCAACAUAAAAAAACUGCAAAGUUUGAUAAGGGAGCUGCAUUGACAGUUAUUUUUAAGGAAGGUAAUACAAAGUUUCGGACGGGAGAUGAGGUAAUGAUAGCUAUGGAUGUUGAAAACAACAGGUUGCAUUUUCAUCAGCGACUAAAGAUUCAUUCAAAAGAAAAAAAAUUUGAAAUACCGCUUGAAGUAUUUGUUAACAAUUCGCGUGUAGCACUUUAUCACAAUUUAUUGGAUCCGCAAAUAGCUAUUUGUUCUCCUUCAUUGUUGUCUCUUUUUAGUGAUAAUUUCGAUUUUGAAACACGUGACGAUUUUAUAAAAGGAUUACUGAUAAAUGAGGAAAUUUUAGACAGCAGAAUAUAUGUUAGUGUAUUAGAAAAAAAUGCUUAUGCUCGUAAAGUUGGUAAUUGGUUGUCGUAUCAAAUAGUUAGUAAUGACAUUAUCAGUCGUUGGGUAUAUCCUUUAGUCCCAGAUAUGGGAAUAUGUAGCUUAAAACAAAAUUAUUCCUUUCUUCGAAAUAAUAUUUACAAAAGUGCUAAUGCUAAUGUUUCAAAAUAUCAACUGAAAGAAAAUGUUGUUAUAGAAAGUGGAACCAAUGUUGAUGAUAAAACGACCUUGUCAUCAAGUGUUGUUGGGAAGAACUGUAAAAUCGGUAAAAAUUGCAUUCUACACAACGUUUUUUUAGAGGACGAAAUUACAAUAGAAGACGAUUGUAAAUUACAAUAUUGUUUUGUCGGACAAAAUACUAAGAUCGGCUGCAAAAGUGUUUUGUCAGACGGAGUUAUAAUUGGAAAAAAUGUCUUUUUGCCAGAAAAAACUGAAAAAUCCAAGUGUUUGAUACAAUCUGAAAUUCUAGAUGAUGAAGAUAUUGAGAAAAUUGGAGAAAAAGCUUACGUUAUAAAUGAGUUUGAAGCGAUACAGCACUCUGAUUCUGAAGACGAAGAGUUGAAACCAACAAAAGGUUGUAUACCGAAAAUGGUAAAAAUACCCAUGUUGUUUGAAGAUAGUGACUACAACUCAUCAUCAGAUGGUGAAGACGAAUCUGGAGCUGUGUCACCUGUUCUUGAUGAUACUAAUAUAUUUUUAUCAGAAGUAAUUGAUUCAUUAGCUCGAGGAUACACUGAGCAAUCGAACCCAGAUUUUCUAAUAUUAGAAAUUAAUUCAUCUAGAUAUGCUUAUAAUAUGACUUUAAAAGAAGUAAACUACAAUGUUGUUAAAGCUAUUUUUAGUUUAACACCAAUAAAAGAAGCUGAUGCGACCACAGUUCUUUCUUCGGUUAAUCUGGUUUUUAGUCGUUUAGGUGCAGUUGUAAGCAAUUAUAUAAAAACAAAUGAGUCAAUGAUUGAUGGUUUGCGAGCUUUAGAGGAAUGUUUUAAUCAACAAACAUCUUUGAAAUUAAAAGCAGCCAACAUAAUUCACUACUUGUAUGACAAGGAAUAUUUUAGUGAAGAUGCCAUUUUGGAGUGGCACAACGAUUUAGAUGAAGAAUGCGGAUGGUUAAGAAAUUCUUUGCAAAAAUUAGUUGAAUGGUUAAAUCAAACAAGUGAAGAAGAAUCAUCCGAAGAAGAUGAAUUACAAAAGUGAAAUAUUGUGCUUCCUUGCAAUUUAAAUUUUUACAAUAAAUGUUCAUGCAUAACAAGAUUUGUUUAUUUAUUAUGCAUAUAAAGAUUAUUAAAAAUUUUUAAAAAUUUGUAAUAGCA